CCUCGGCUUGUUUACAUCAUGUGAUAUAAUCACGAGAUGUUUGGUCUAAUCAUUUUUAUCUACAUGCCAGUAUAACACUACUAAAAUUUCAUCAGUCCGCAGUCGGCUACACCACGACACGUUACAAGUUACUUUAAUUUGAUCUUGAUUGUUAAUGUCAUCACUCAUCAACUAUAGUCUGUUCACUUUAAAUAAUAAAGUUAUUUAAAAUAAUAGCAUGAUAUUAUAGUUAAUAGGUAAAUAAUUCUAAUUAUUAUUAUUUAAUAAUUUCGUUGGCAUAAUAUUCAGUAAAUUACUCAUUUUAUGUGCCGAUUUUAAUGUUUCACUGGCAGUAGGUACCUAACUAAUUGUUGUAGAUAGAUUAUCUAUUGAUUAUUUAAAACAUAUUUUUAUUCGUUAAAAAUUCUAUAUUUGUGCUUAAUUAAUGUUAAAAGAAGAGGUAUCUCAAUAUUUUAGUAAUAUUAUGGAAAAGGAGUCAGAUAUAAGUGCUAGUAUAGCAGCAAUCACUACAUUAUUAAAAUUAUUGGAACAUGAUAAAUCUGAAACUGUACAAGAACUUGAUUUUAAUUUGCAAUCUGCAGUUGAAGUAAUUACAAAUAGUAGUUUCCGUGUUACUGGUGUGUCUUCUGGAUGUGCUUUAUUUAUGCGGUUUAUAACAUUUGCUAAGUUGGAUAAUAUUACUUUUGCGGAAUGUAAAAAAGUCAUGUUGGAUCGAGGAAAGGUAUUUUUGAAGAAACUUACUGAUGCGAGAAAUAAGGUUGCCAAAAUUACUCUUCCUUUCUUUGUUGAUGGCACUAAUAUCUUGACACAUUCAAAAUCUAGAGUAGUGCUAGAAGCCAUGAAAUUAGCUGUGAAUUCACAAAAAAGAUUUCAUGUUUUUAUAUCAGAAUCAUCUCCUGACAAAAGCGGAAUUGAAAUGUACAACUGCUUGAAGGCACUUGAUAUUCCUUGCACAUUGAUAUUAGAUUCUGCUGUUGGCUAUAUAAUGGAAAGGGUCGAUAUGGUUAUGGUUGGAGCUGAAUGUGUCGUAGAGAGUGGUGGAAUUAUUAAUAAGAUUGGAAGUUGUACUAUGGCUAUUUGUGCUAAAGAAUUUAAAAAACCUUUUUAUGUGCUAACAGAAAGUUAUAAGUUCUCACGAAUGUAUCCUUUGAAUCAGAAAGAUUUACCAAAUAAUUUCAAAUACACUGGAAACAAUUCAAAUGAUGAUAAUUUAUUAAAUGCUCACCCUUUGGUGGAUUAUACACACCCGUCAUACAUCAGCUUGCUUUUUACCGACCUUGGAAUUUUGAUGCCAUCGGCUGUAAGUGACGAAUUAAUAAAACUAUACUUAUAAAUGUACAAUACGUUUGGUGUGUUGAUUAAAUUAUGUUAACAAUAAUGUAAAAUUUUAAUAAAAAAUAUAUUAAAAUAAUUAAAAUUUAAAAUUAUAAUCUUAUUACACCAUUGAUAAUUGUGCUCUUUUUUCUAUGAAAUAUAUCACCUAUUAAUUUCA